GAAAGUUGAAGAGUCGCCUAAAUUUCACAAGCAAUGCUGAGCUCCCCGAAACAAGGGAUACCGAAGAGCGAUGGCAAGCAGAAUAUGAUGAAGAAGAGACAAGCGCUUACUGCCAGUAUAUCAGCGGACGCAUUAUUGACGUAUGAGCAGCAGCAGGUUUCCAAACGUCCAAUUCAAUUCGCUAUUACGGAUAUUCUACCAAAAAAGGAGCCAUCGUUACCAACUUCUCCAACAACUUUAGGACCGCUAUCUGUUCCAAGACCGAGCAGGAAUUUGACUAGUGGUGCUCAAUUGGUGCCUCCUGCGGCGCCUAAAGCGAUUAAGAAAGAAUUACCGUUCCCAGCAUCUUCUUCCCAGUCACUUGAGAGUUAUGCGGAAAGAUUAGAGCAAGCGGAGAAUACCGAGCUGUUUACGUACGCUAGCGCGCUAUGUCACCGCGUUACAGGUCGAUAUCUGCCGCGUACACUGUUGCAAGGUGACCUGGAGGCUCAAAAGCGUGAACUCGAGCGAAUACAGCGCGACCCCGAAAUUUUACGUGCUAUAGAUUCCGUGCGUGUGUUAUCCGCACAGUUUAAGGAUGUGGCACAAACUACUAUGGGCCAUCGCAAAGAGCUAGGACAUACGCUAUUUCGCAUUGAAGAGAGCUAUCUGAAGCUCUUUGAGAAGCUGUUGGAACUCUCAUUGAGGCUGUACUGGGAAUACGAACAGCGAACCGAAGCACAACGAAAAGAAGAUCAGGAAAACAUCAUGCGGUGGCGAGAAAAAUACGAACGGAAGUGUGUUGAGCAUGUAAAGCUCAGCAAAAAACUGGCAGCUCGAGAAAUUAUUCACCGCACACGGGAAAUUGAGCUGCAGAAUUAUCAAGGCCAAACGAGACAGAUCGAGAAAGAGCUGGGAAAUCAACGCGAGCUGGAAACCCAGAUCUUUCAGCUACAGAAUGAAGCGGCGUUGCAAAGAGUAUUGGAGCGUAAACUUCGAGAUGAUUUCAAUCAACUGACGAAAACACAUGAAGAAAUGGUCGAAUACCAAAAACAGUUGAGAGAGGAGAUGCAAACCCAGCAUAAACAGCUUAUUCAGGACCUCAGGCGUACGGUUCAAGAGAAGGAAAAGUUUAUCAGCAAACAGGAGGUUACGCUUCGACAACUAGAGGAAAUCGUGUCGGUAGCUCCUGUUACCUAUGAAUCCCAUUCGUCACAAACAGAAGUGGACGACGAUGGCCUGUGGGAUGUUCAGGAUGGUAUUCCUCGAUUCGUGUCGAAAAACACGGUACACAAGAUGAUGUGGCGACGAUUUAAUGCUUUUGUCGCCUGCAAGAAUUGUGGUGGUCGGCCACUACCGAAAACGGCAAAGACGAACCCAUUUGGAAGAAAUCCACAAGACGACGACAGCGAGGAAAUUGAUAUUUGGUCAGUUGCCAAGGGUAAGAAGCGUACCAAGAAGACUGCAAGUCGACUUGAGCGUAUCGAACAGCUAUGGGAACUACCGAGUCAUACUGUGCUAUUUCUCUCGAAUUUGCCCAAAUCGGUAGUAGCUUUCCCAUUCUACUCUAUUGAGCGUGUGAUUUCACAAAUCGAGGCCAUCUACGACGAUAAAUUCGCAUCUGACCGAACGGACGAAGCUGAUGGCGUAGCACGAGAAGAACUGCCUCGUUUUAUCUGCGAGUACUUUUUGAAGACACAUGGCCUACGACAGAGCGCUGAGAUUGGAUUGUAUCGGUUUUUAGUCUCGGUCAAGAACACAUACCAGCGCAACUCGCAUGUUCACCUAUUUGCGCGCUUGUCAAACUUACUAAAGAGCCAAGACGAGGAUCCAGAAGAUGUGGAAUCAACAACGAAUCCAACAGAAAAGAAGAAAUCAACCAAGUCUUCCAAGUCAGAGCAUACAAGUGACUCCGAUCUCAAGCAUUCUAAACAUUCUGGAUAUCUGGACCGCAGCUUCCUUCAUGUUUUCUUGGAGGCUCGACACUAUCUGUUGCGCCCACCUCCUCGGGUUCCGCAAAAAGGCAAGAAAAAGCGUGAAACAGGAUCGAGUAACCCUGAUCAAAAGGUGAAGGUUGUCGAGCAUGUUGUCCAGGUAGAACCGACGAAAAAGUGGGUGCCGCUCGACCAUGCCAUUACAGUGUUAAGAUGGUAUAGUAGUUGUCUACCAGAGGACAGCAUUUCAUAUUACUGUCGGCAGGUUGAGCACAGCACAGCAAUUUAUGAUGGACACACGCUCACGGAGGUCGCUGGCAAUAGACUGGCAGUUCGUGCCGAGAUGAGACGAGUAAUGUUGGCCAGCGAAAAUCCAGAAUUGUCCGCUUCGACGACACAGAGUAAUGGAGGAGGAAAGCGACAAGAACCGCGAAUUGUUGCAGAUGUCCAUAAAGUGCUUAAAUUACUGAUGGACGCGCUCGAACAGCGUCAUGAAGGAAUCAAGAAGGACCUGACUGAACUCUUCGAUUCGGGUGACGUGAAUCACGACUGCGUGUUGUCUCUGGACGAGUUUUGUGCUAUUAUCCGAAAGCGAAAACCCCAUUUCAGCGACCGACGGAUUUUGCGGAUGUUCCGCGAGUCUUUAAUGGGUGGAGCUGACCAAUCUUUCGCGCUCUCAAUGGAGGCGUUCGUGGUAGUGUGCAAUGAUCAUGGCUUGGUGUCGCUCCUCCCCGACGAUCGAAUGGUCGAUCCAUUCGCUUCACCUCAUUCAGCAUCAGAAACUAAACAGCGAUUUAAAGCUUCCUCGAUUAAAUCUCCAGCACAAGAUGAAGGAAUACAAUCACAACCAACAGAUACGACGGAUUCCUCUGUAAAUAUCCACACAGAAAUUCCAGAGGAUAUCACUUCGGACGGCACUGAUCUCCCAUCUGCACGAGCACAAGAAGUAGAAGAAGAAGAGGACACAGGGUGGGAGGAUUCUGACAAUGAGUAAUAUUUCUAUUGUAUGAAUCAGUAUUAUUACUUUGAUGCUGUA